CUCGUCACCACCCGCGUGUCCCUCUGAGCACAACGUGAGCGGUGGCUGGCCUGUAGACCGCCGCCAUGCCGCCCACCUGCCACAGCUGUGGGAGCUCGAGCGUGGAGGAAGACGAAUCUCGUGGUACCACCACUUGUACUGUAUGUGGCGCCAUCAUCGAGGACAACCUCAUUGUCUCAGAGGUAACCUUCACCGAGGAUCGAGGCGUCGUUGAGCGUUUUGUAGACGCUGAUGGGCGGGGUGCCUUCAAUUCGGGUGCUUACGGCGGCUAUCGUGACUCGCGUCAAACUACGAUUGCAAACGGUCGUGCCUUGAUUCAGCAACUGGCCAACAAGAUGCAAAUGAACUCGCACCAUAUUGAUAUGGCUGUCAAUUACUACAAGCAAGCGGUGGAGCAUCGCUUUACGCAAGGCCGGCCCAAGGAACAUGUUGUGGCGGCUUGCCUCUACAUCGUGUGCCGGCAACAAAAAACAUCGCAUAUGCUGCUCGAUUUCUCAGACCAACUGCGGGUGAACGUCUACAAACUAGCAGCCACAUACAUGCAGCUGUGCAACAAGCUGCUCACCUCACUGCCUGUUGUCGAUCCUGUUCUCUACAUUCCCCGCUUUGCACACCAUAUGCGCUUUGGAGAACUCACGCAUGAGGUCUCCAAAACUGCCCUGCGCAUUGUGUCGCGAAUGAAGCGAGAUUGGAUUCAUGUUGGGCGCCGCCCUUCCGGUGUCUGUGGUGCAGCCUUGCUCUUGGCUGCACGUAUGCAUGGGUUCCAGCGUAACCUCCAGGAUGUGCAACAGGCCGUCCAUGUGGGCAUUCAGACUGUGCGCGCUCGAUUGGAAGAUUUCGGAAACACCGAAUCGUCCAAACUCACGCCUGAGCAGUUUCAGACCAUUGAGCUGGGUGGUGAGGCUGAACCUCCAGCGUUU